AUGUCACAAACGACUCACACAUUCCAAGCUGAGAUCUCUCAGCUUCUCGAUCUCAUUAUCAACACCUUCUACUCUAACAAGGAAAUUUUCUUGAGAGAAUUGAUCUCCAACUCAUCCGAUGCACUCGACAAGGUCCGCUACUCGUCACUCACUGAUCCAUCCGUACUCGACUCACAGAAGGAUCUCUUCAUCAGACUCACUCCAAUCAAGGAGCAGAAAUGUUUGAUUAUUCGUGACUCUGGUAUCGGUAUGACCAAGGCUGACCUUGUAAACAACUUGGGUACCAUCGCAAAGUCCGGUACCAAGGCUUUCAUGGAGGCUUUAAGCGCAGGUGCUGAUGUCUCCAUGAUUGGUCAAUUCGGUGUUGGUUUCUACUCUGCUUACCUCGUUGCCGAGAAGGUUGAAGUCAUCACCAAGCACAAUGAUGACGAGCAAUACAUCUGGGAGUCUUCCGCUGGUGGUACCUUCACCAUCACUCAAGACACCACUAACCCUCCUAUUGGCCGUGGUACUGAAAUGCGUCUCUUUUUGAAGGAGGACCAACUCGAAUACCUCGAAGAAAAGCGUAUUAAGGAAGUCGUUAAGAAGCACUCGGAGUUCAUCUCAUACCCAAUUCAACUCCUCGUCGAGAAGGAAGUUGAGAAGGAAGUUCAAGAUGAGUCUGCUGAGCAAAAGACCGAAGAAGACAAGCCAAAGAUCGAGGAAGUCGAAGAUGAGGACGCAAAGAAGGAAAAGAAGACCAAGACCGUCAAGGAGACUGUCAAGGAAGAAGAGGAGCUCAACAAGACCAAGCCAAUCUGGACUCGUAACCCACAAGAUAUCUCAAACGAAGACUAUGGUGCGUUCUACAAGUCUCUCACCAACGACUGGGAAGACCACCUCAGCGUCAAGCACUUUUCUGUUGAAGGUCAACUCGAGUUCAAGGCUUUGCUCUACGUUCCAAAGCGUGCUCCAUUCGACCUCUUCGAGACUAAGAAGAAGCGUAACAACAUCAAGCUCUACGUCCGUCGUGUCUUCAUUAUGGACGACUGUGAAGACCUUAUUCCAGAAUACCUCAACUUUGUCAAGGGUAUCGUCGACUCUGAAGAUCUUCCAUUGAACAUUUCUCGUGAGACCCUCCAACAAAACAAGAUUCUCAAGGUCAUUCGUAAGAACAUUGUCAAGAAGUGUCUCGAAGCCUUCUCUGAAAUCGCUGAGGACAAGGAAAACUUUGCCAAGUUCUACGAAGCCUUCGGCAAGAACAUCAAGCUCGGUAUCCACGAAGAUGCUCAAAACCGUGCUAAGCUCGCUGAGUUCCUCAGAUUCCACUCAACCAAGUCUGGUGAGGAGCAAACCAGCUUGAAGGAUUACAUCACUCGUAUGCCAGAAGUUCAGAAGAACAUCUACUACCUCACUGGUGAAUCGCUCUCAGCAGUCAAGGACUCACCAUUCUUGGAAGUUCUCAAGAACAAGGGCUUCGAAGUUCUUCUCAUGGUUGACCCAAUUGACGAGUACGCCGUCACUCAACUCAAGGAAUUCGAAGGCCGUAAGAUGGUCUGUGUUUCUAAGGAAGGUCUUGAACUUGAAGAGACUGAGGAGGAGAAGACUAAGCGUGAACAAGAAGCCAAGGACUUUGAAGAUCUCUGCAAGUCAGUCAAGGAAACUCUUGGAGAGAAGGUUGAGAAGGUUGUUGUUUCCAACAGAAUCCAAGACUCACCAAUGGUUCUUGUAACCUCCACAUUCGGAUGGUCUGCUAACUUUGAAAGAAUCAUGAAGGCUCAAGCACUCCGUGAUGCUUCCAUGUCAGCAUACAUGGCUUCUAAGAAGACGCUCGAAAUCAACCCACAAAACGCUAUCAUUAAGGAUCUCAAGCGUAAGGUUCAAGACGAUGCUGCAGACAAGACUGUCCGUGAUUUGACCUACCUCUUAUUCGAAACUGCAUUGCUUACAUCAGGUUUCACACUCGAUGACCCAACCUCAUUCGCUAAGCGUAUCAACAGAAUGGUGUCACUUGGUCUCUCAAUCGACGAAACUGAGGCCGUUCCUGCCGCUGCCACCGACAACAAGGACGAUGUUCCAGCACUUGAAGGUGAAGGCGCUGGUGCAAUGGAAGAAAUUGAUUAA